GGCGCACUUUAGCCUGAAGCGCUCCACCGAAGACUUAAAAUUACGAGAAAACCCUCCAAAAAUCUCAUAUACCCGAACGUUAAAACCGUGAUUGGCAUUCGCAAAGAAGGAACCAAUCCUCAACGGGAAAUCAAAUUUAUAUAUAUAUAAAACCUCUCUCCGUUGGCUGUUUGAAAGAUUGAGCUUGGCCAGUGUGUUUUUUAUGCGACCAAUGGUGUGUUCUGGUGAUAGAGACAUGGCGAUGGGAACCGACAGAUCGUAUCCUCUUCACAAUUUCAAUCUCCCAUGUUUGAAGUGGGGGAAUCAGAGGUAUCUAAGGUGUAUGAAACUUGGUGAUGCUUCCGCCGCCGCCACCGCCACCGCCACCGCCACCGACGAAUCUUCCUCCGCCUCCUUUGCUGAUCGUCAUCGUCGUCCUCGCUUUCAGAGACGCCGAUCUCCCCCGUCGAAAUUUGAGGGCUUGAUGGUUGGUGGGAUGAGGCGGCAAGAAUCGGCGUCGUCUCCGACCAACGAUUAUGGGAGGGAGCAGCGCUUGAUGAUUCCGAAGGGAGAGACCGCGGAGGGGAUCGAGGCUGUUAGGGAGAAGAUUAUGAAGGAUCUUAAAACGGCGGCGGAUAAGAUCAAAGAUGCAAUUUUUAGGGACAAAGUCUCCGACGGUGAUGAGAUGGUGGUCGAUGAGAAUGAAUUCAAAGAGCCUAAACAGAAAUGGAAAGACAAAGAAAAAGAGAAGGAAGAAUCGCCGACGGUGGAGGUGGAGGUGGAGACGAGGUCGUGGAAUCUCAGGACGAGGCGUGCGGCGUGCAAAGCUCCGAUUGAUGGUGGAGAAACGAACAGCAACCACAGUUCUCCGACGAAGAAUGAGGUGAUCAACUCAUCCAGAGUAAGAGUAAGAGGACCGUCGGUAGCGUCGGCGACGGCGGCAGACGAGAACAAAAGAGCACGACCGAAAUUCUCGGUGCCGCUGUCGAAGAAAGAGAUCGAGGAGGAUUUCAUGGUGAUGGUUGGGCGUCGCCCUCGAAAAAGGCCAAAGAAACGCGCACGUUAUGUUCAAAGGGAAUUGGAUUCGUUGUUUCCGGGCUUACAACUGAGGGAGGUGAGGGUGGAUUCUUACAAGGUUCCAGAGGUGAUUGAAAACGGCAAUGUAAGUUGAAUUGAGAUCUAAAAACUCUCACCUUAUUUUACCUCUGGUUCCCACAAUUUGUGGGCAACCAAAGAAAUGAAAUUUAAUUGUGGUGCGGAGAUGGUAAAGUGUGGGCAUGGAUUGUUUGUGUAAGCUGACAUAUGGUAAAUUGCUGACCGUAACUAGUGUUAGAGUAUCUCAAAUGGGAAUAUUUCAUAUAAAUGUUGAAUUUCCCAGCAACAUUGUGCUGUAGUUUCAGUUGUUCUUCUUCAUUCAUUUUUAUCUUUUCUCAAAAGCUGUAUAAAGAAAUGUAUUCACCAA